CAGGUAUUCGGAGAGCUUGAAUAUAUAUUCGGAUGUUUCAAGCUUAUGUUCAUCACCCUGCUCAUCGUCCUGAUGUUCUUCUUGUCCAUCAUUCAACCGCGCAGCGAUGCCUACUACAGCGAGCCGUUGGGCACCCGCUACUGGAACACGCCCUAUUCGUUCUUCAACCCGACGUACAUCGCCAAAGAUGAGGAUCUCAGGGUGCAGCAGGUCUUCACGGGGUCGCUCGGGACUCUCCUUGGCGUCUGGUGCGUCCACUGCCGCAAAUCCUGGUGGCCGUCGCUUUCCUCCCUCGUCGCGGACUUGAUUCGCCCUCCGGAUAACUGA